AGAGCUGGAACAUGAAUCGAUAUCUGCUCGAUACCAUCGAUGCUCUAAGAAGUGUGGCAACUUCGAUGAUACAACCCAUAUCGAUAGCUGAAGGAAAGUCACAGUUCUCAAAUCACAGCUAAAUAACCGAACUCCGUGCUAUCGGUACAAGUGUCCAUCGAAAGGUCCGGCCAGUAGAGCUAUCGCCUAUCGAUAUCGUAAAAUAAUAACAAUUUCGCAAAAUCCCAAACCGAUUCGCAAAGAGGUGGAUUAUUCACACAAAUCGAAGCGGACAACGUUCGGAUUAAAGUGAUCCCAAGCCCAGCCAAUCCACCGCAGGCAAUGGACAUCGACUGGCAGAACAGCCUCACCGAGCUGAAGGAUCGGGGCCAGUACCUGCUGCACUCGGAAAAAUGGGCCGACUGCCACUUUCUGGUGGGUUCCGCGCCCGCCCAGCGGCUCAUCGCUGGCCACAAGCUGCUGCUGGCCAUGGCAUCGCCGGUGUUCGAACGGAUGUUCUAUGGCAAUCUGCCAGAUAAGACUGAUCCCAUUGUCAUACCGGACGUGCAGCCGGAGGCUUUCGAGGCGCUGCUGGAGUACAUCUACACGGACCGCAUCACCAUUGGGUCCUUCGACAAGGCCUGCGAGCUGUGCUACGUGGCCAAGAAGUACAUGCUGCCCCACGUUGUCACCCGCUGUACCCACUUCCUAUGGGCCGACCUAAGUCCGAAAAAUGCCUGCCGGGCAUACGAGUUCGCCAAGCUGUUCGAUGAGCCACGCCUCAUGCAGAGCAGCAUGGACCUGAUCGCAGCCAACACACGCGAGGUGCUGUCCGAUCCCAGCUUUCUGGACAUCGAGAUAUCCACCCUGAUGGCCAUACUUGACCAGAACCGCCUAAACAUAGACUCCGAACUGGAUUUGUUCAACUGCCUGCUAAAGUUUGCCAGUGAGCGGGGCAUCCUGAACGAGUCCGGCCAAGAAGAGGCUGCUGGCGGAGAUCAGGUGCUGACCAAGGAGUCGCCCGAAAAUGCUGCUGGCCAUGUGCUGGUCGAAGAGAUCAAGAUGGAGCCAGAUGUGGCGGCCAUGGUGCAGCACAUGCACCAGGACGACGAGGGUGACAGCUUCGAGACGGACGCUGGCAUGGCAUCCACUUCCUCUGCGGCUGCCGUGGCAACAGCGGCGCCCUCGGCUGCCUCCCCGCCAUUGGAUGUGGCUUCCGGUUCUGACGACCUGGUGAUCAUCGACAGCGACGCUUCGACCGAUGCCGCCGCCAACAUGAUCAACAUCAUGGACGCCCAGCGCACCAUACUCGAUGGAGCCAUGCUCCGGCAGGCGGUCAAAAAGAUACGCUUUCUCACCAUGACGCCGCAGCAGUUCGCCGAGGGACCGGCCCGUUCCAAGCUGCUGCAACAGCACGAGGCCCUCUCCAUCCUGAUUAAGAUCUCCAGUCCCUCGCUCAACGAUUGUCACAUGCCAGAAGGUUUCUGUGUGUCGCGCAGCACGCGUAACUUCUACGAGUCGGGCCACCGGCACGCCCAGAGAGAACUGUCUUCCUCGUAUCGCACUGGAGCCGCUCCCUCGGGCGUCUGUUUCCCGGGACCGGGUCCAGCCGUCCGCAGCGGAGGUCCUGCCGGCGGCGGAAUAAUGAUGGGCAAUGCACCGCGUUUCGGAUCUGUUGGCACGGGACUCGGCUCCGCAGGCGAGGAGUUGGUUAUGCGCCCCCCGGAACCAGUGGGCGUCCCACCAGAUGCAGCACCGGCGCCAGCCCCACUGCGCUGCUUUAGCCCUCGCUACGAGAGCGGAGCGCCAGUUCCAGCGCCCGCCAAUGAUGAUGAAGGCGGCGAUCGGGGCGCACCUGCGCCCGCCGGCGGAGCGGCUGCUGGAGGAUCUGGAUCCGCAGCUGGAAACUCGCACAAUGACAUUGUGCGCGCCUACUGUAUGCGCUCGCUCACCCGCCAGUUUUACUUCCGUAACACCAGCGUAACGGAUGCGGGCGUGACCUUCCAGGUGGACACAAACAUCUGGAUCUUGGGCGUCCAGGUGCCAACGUGCGUGAUGUGCGGCGAGCUGAUGACCUCCGCCGGCUUUACGGAGCGAUACACCGAGGUGCUGUACGCCCACAUCCAGGACAUGCACGGCUCAAGGAUCACAUACACCCACUGCACGGCACGCGUGUGCUACGAUUCGCUGCUGGACAUUACGUUCGAUCGACCAGUGUACAUAUACCGAAACCAGAUCUACAAGAUCUACGUGGUGUUCAACAAAGCCGGCUGGUAUCCCAUGUACUCCUGUGUGCCCGAUGCCAACUGCAAUCGCGUGAAGUUCAUGUUCAACGUCGGCAACCCCACGGAAUCCGUUCGCGACGGCCUGAUCUACGCAAUCAUCUUCUCCACGCCUCAGGACAACGUCCGUCACCUUGUCGACUGAAUCCGGAGCAAUAUUAGUUCAUUAGUUUAGCUCUUUUGUUGUAUUUUCGAUGUGAUAGGCUUUGGUUGGCCUCUUGGGCAAUGGAAAUUUUUUGAUCUGUAAGCUGGAUUUUUCCCAUUUCAUGUUUACAAGCUGGGAACUGAUUGUGCAUAGUUUCUACAUCACUCACCAUAUGUAUAGAUAUGUGUUCCUUAUCUCUAUUGGCAUAAGGAUCACCUUGGAUCACCUAGCAAAUGAAUUGUCCCAAUUGAAAGGAGAUCAGAUCAGCAAAGGCAGACUGCAAUUGUUUUGAUCAUGUUUGUACAAGUUUAUUGCCAAGUUCAAUAAUUUCCGCUGUAUAGCUGUAGCCAAUUAUGCAUUUAUUUUUUUUUGAGUGCUUGAUUUUACAUAGCUGCCAAAUGAUAAUGAUUAUCUGAUAUUCCCUCUUAACGAACACCACUUAAAUAUUUCUCUUCCAAACGUAAUUAUUUUGAGCUUAGGUUUUGUAUGUAGAUCAACAAGCAAAUAUUUAAGACUUACACAAGACUAAAUUGGUAUAUUUCAAUUUAAUAAAACAUAUUUAAUAUAUUUCCUAAUAUCGUCGCGUUUAUAUGUAUAUCUUGAAAUCAAAAAUGUUUUGAACGUCUUCGAAGACCUUCUCAAGCCCGACCCCCUCGAAGAAUGGCUUUUUUCGCCGUGAAGAAUUGUACAAUAAAUAAAAUUAACUUUAUUGCGAUUCAUAUACAAAAGA